AUGUUAGGAAUUUCUCGAGGUUUUGUAGAAAUCGAUGAUGACCUUCUAUUAGCUUAUGACCUUGGAUACAAGACAGUAGUUUUCAAAAUAUAUGAAAUUCCAAAUUUAUUACAUAUAUUCUUCGAUCAAGGAAACGCACAAUUUGUGAUUAAUCAAAUGUAUUAUAAGGAUUCUGAUAUUUUGGAGAUUAAUUUCGUUAAUUUUACCCCACUUAUUGUAAAUUUCAAGAAAACCGAGGUGGAGGAUAUUGAGUCGUUAUCAAAAGAAGAGAGGGAUGAAAGUUUAAAUCGUUCGAUAGAGAUAAUGAAAGAUAGAGAGAAAUUGCGCGC